AUGAAAUGGGGAGCAUUGGUUAAGGACUUAAAGGGGAAGGUCGGAAUAGCUGAAACACCCGCCGAAUUAACCGCCGGCGACGUUCCCAGUGACCUCCUCAUUGAUCCGCCGUCUUCCUCCUCAGCUUCUCCGUCCUCUAGUUACACCGCCUCUGCUCAACAUGACUUCAAUUUAUUAUCUCCCACAAGCCGAGAGAAGCAUAAGUUGGAAAUGGACUUCAAAAGAUGCUGGGAAGAGUUUUGUUCAUCAAGUUCUGAGCAGGAGAAAGAAGCCGCCUUGGAUCUGAGUGUGAAUACGUUUUGUAGACUAGUGAAGCAGCAUGCUAACGUAGAUCAGUUAGUUACCGUGUUAGUAGAAAUACAUGUAUUCUCUUUCGUCGUUGGGAGAGCAUUUGUGACAGAUAUUGAAAAGUUAAAGAUUAGUAGCAAGACAAGGUCACUGGAUAUAGACAAAGUAAUAAAGUUUUUUUCUGAAGUCACCAAGGAGGGUUUCAGUCAUGGUGCAAACCUUUUAACUGCUGUUGAAGUCCUUGUAUCUGGGCCUAUUGACAAACAAUCUCUACUGGAUUCUGGGAUAUUGGGUUGUCUAAUACACACUCUUAAUGCGCUUCUAACACAUAGUUUAGCCGCUGCACGUGAAAAACCUGUUAACUAUGACCAAAAGGUGGAGGAGAGCAUUGUCCACAUCAUGAAAGCACUGGCAAGCCACCCUUCAGCUGCACAGAGUUUGACUGAAGAUGACUCCCUUCAGUUACUUUUCAAAAUGGUUGCCAAUGGUUCUGUCGUGGCUUUUUCUCAAUAUAAAGAAGGUCUAGUUUCAUUCCAUAACAUACAGCUUCAUAGACAUGCAAUGCAGAUUCUUGGGCUUCUUCUUGUAUAUGACAAUGGGAGCACGGCAAGCUACAUACGCAAACACCAUCUGAUAAAGGUUCUCCUAAUGGCUGUCAAAGAUUUUGAUCCUGAUUGUGGGGACCCAGCCUAUACAAUGGCUAUUGUGGAUUUGUUACUUGAAUGUGUGGAACUAUCGUACAGACCUGAAACUGGUGGGGUUAGGCUCAAGGAGGACAUACGAAAUGCACAUGGUUACCAUUUUCUUGUACAGUUUGCCCUGAUUCUAUCUUCCAUGCCAAAAACUAUGGGUUUCCCUUCUAACCAUUCAUCUCAACACCAAAGUAAUGAUUCGGCUGACUCUGAAAAAAAGCCACCCCUUUCGGCGAAUAGUAGGGAGAAUGAUGAGUUUGCUUCACCAGAUUUCUCGCCUUCACUGUCAAGAUUGCUUGAUGUUCUUGUCACCCUGGCUCAGACUGGUCCCGUUGAGUCAUCUGGAAAUAGCCGUAGCCAAACACCAUCCGGUAAUAAUCUGUAUGAUGAGAGAAGGGAACAAGAUAGUGGUAAAGUUAGAGACCUUGAAGCUGUCCAAAUGUUGCAAGACAUCUUUCUGAAAGCAGAGAACAAGGAUCUUCAGGCAGAAGUGUUAAACCGAAUGUUCAAGAUUUUCUCGAGCCAUACGGAAAACUAUAGAAUGUGCCAAGAAUUAAGGACUGUUCCCCUUCUCGUGCUGAACAUGGGUGGUUUUCCUUCCUCACUGCAAGAGAUAAUCCUCAAAGUUCUUGAGUAUGCUGUCACAGUUGUAAAUUGUGUUCCAGAGCAAGAACUGUUGUCUCUUUGUUUCUUGUUGCAACAGCCAAUCAAUUCUGAGUUGAAGCAUACCAUACUUUCUUUCUUUGUAAAGCUCACAUCAUUUGAUCUACAGUACAAGAAAGUCCUGGGUGAAGUUGGUGUUUUGGAAGUCUUACAAGAUGAUCUGAAGCAGCACAAGCUUCUCAUGGGUCCAAAUCAAUAUACUGGAGUUUCUAAUUAUUUGGAUCGGGUACCUACUUCACCGAGCUUCAAACAACACCUAGAUAGUAAGGAUGCCAUCAUUUCAUCACCAAAGCUGAUAGAAUCUGGUUCAGGAAGGUUACCUAUCUUUGAAGAUGAAAGCACUAUAACUGUUGGUUGGGAUUGUAUGAUCUCUUUACUCCAGAAAUCUGAAGUUAAUCAAGCAGCUUUUCGUUCUGCCAGUGGGGUGACCGUUAUUCUUCCAUUAUUAACCUCCGAUGACCAUCGUACUGGCGUUUUGAGAAUUUUGUCAUGUUUAAUCACGGAAGACGUUAAACAGGUCCAUCAUGAAGAGUUAGAAGCUGUUAUCGAUGUGUUGAAGAGUGGAGUGGUCACUGGAAUCUCUGGGCAUCAACACAAGCUUCAUUAUGAAGCCAUAUGUGAUACCAUGGGUGCUCUUUGGCGUAUUCUUGGGAUUAAUGUCUCUGCUCAAAGAGUGUUUGGUGAGGUCACUGGUUUCUCUCUUCUAUUGACGACCCUUCAUACGUUCCGGGAAGGAGAGUGCAUGGAUGAGUCUCAUUUGAUGGUUUGCAUCAAAUUGUUCAAACAUCUAUUGCGCCUCAUGACAACUGCAGUCUGUGAGAAUGCUGUUAAUAGGAUGAAACUGCACAGUGUCAUUACAUCUCAGACAUUUUAUGAUCUUUUGGUGGAGUCUGGUUUGAUGUGUGUUGAUCUGGAAAGACAGGUGAUACAACUGUUGUUAGAAGUCGCACUUGAAGUUUUGCUUCCACCGUUUGUGACAUCAGAAUCUGUGGCCUCAGCUGAGAUGGCAGAAAGUGAAAAAGCAAGCUUUCUUGUAAAAACCCCAUCUGGCCAAUUUAAUCCGGACAAGCAGAGGAUCUACAAUGCAGGUGCUAUCAGAGUUCUGAUCCGUUCACUGUUGCUUUUUACUCCAAAAAUGCAGUUGGAACUUCUGAAUCUUCUACAAAGGCUUGCACGUGCCAGCCCAUUCAACCAGGAAAAUCUCACGUCAGCUGGUUGCGUUGAACUUCUGCUGGAGAUUAUCCACUCAUUCCUUCCGGGUUCAUCUCCAUUUCUUUCUCAUCUUUUAAAGAUUGUUGAAGUUCUUGGUGCGUACAGAUUGUCCCCAUCUGAGCUCAAAAUGCUGUGUAGAUAUGUUCUGCAAAUGAGGGUUCUAAGUUCAGGUCACGAGCUAGUAGGUAUGAUGGAAAGGCUAAUUCUCAUGGAAGACAUAGGUUUGGAUUAUGUUUCCCUGGCUCCUUUUAUAGAGAUGGACAUGAGCAAAAUUGGGCACGCUUCUGUUCAGGUGUCCCUGGGAGAAAGAUCUUGGCCUCCUGCUGCUGGUUAUUCAUUUGUUUGUUGGUUCCAGUCUCGUAACUUUUUCACAACCCAAGGAAAAGAAACAGAAGUCUAUGACGCUGGCGGGUUAUCAAAGACGGAGAUUUUGAGUGGGCAGCAAAGUGAACAAAAUGUUUUCCGGAUAUUUUCUAUUGGUGCCACAAGUAAUGAAAGGCCAUUCUAUGCAGAACUUUAUUUUCAAGAGGAUGGUAUUCUGACACUUGCCACGAGCAAUUCAAAUUCUUUGUCAUUUUCUGGAUUAGAAACUGAGGAGGGCAAGUGGCAUCACCUUGCUGUUGUCCAUAGUAAGCCGAAUGCUCUUGCUGGACUCUUCCAAGCCAGCGUCGCAUAUGUUUAUGUUGAUGGAAAACUAAGGCACAUGGGUAAACUGGGUUAUUCUCCUUCACCUAUUGGAAAAUCAUUGCAAGUAACAAUUGGAACUCCGGUAACUUGUGCCAGAGCAAGCGAUUCGACAUGGAAAAUACGCUCAUGUUAUCUUUUCGAGGAGGUGCUCACGUCAGGCUGCAUUGGUUUCAUGUACAUUCUUGGUAGAGGGUAUAAAGGUCUUUUUCAGGAUGCGUAUCUCUUACGCUUCGUGCCUAAUCAGGCUUGUGGUGGGGGCAGUAUGGCUAUCCUUGACUUGUUAGACACUGACAUGUCGUCAAAUAUCCAAAAACUGGACGAAAGUAAUAGACAAGGCGAUUCUAAGGCAGAUGGUAGUGGGGUUGUAUGGGAUCUUGAGAGGUUAGGAAGUCUUUCCUUUCAGUUAGCUGGUAAGAAACUUAUUUUUGCAUUUGAUGGAACAUGCUCAGAGUUCAUGCGCACGACUGGAAGUUUUUUCCUCCUCAAUCUGGUUGACCCAUUGUCCUCUGCUGCUUCUCCUUUAGGAGGAAUACCACGUUUUGGGCGUCUGGUGGGAAAUGUGAGUAUCUGCAGACAAAAUGUGAUUGGCGAUACUAUCCGCCAUGUGGGAGGAAUAGCUGUUGUGCUUGCACUUGUUGAGGCUGCCGAAUCCAGAGAUAUGCUACGUAUGGCUCUUUCAUUGCUCGCCUGUGCCCUUCAUCAGAAUUCUCAGAAUGUAAAGGAUAUGGAAACAUACAAUGGCUAUCAUUUACUGGCUCUGUUUUUACGUCCCAAGAUGGCGCUAUUUGACAUGCAAUGUUUGGAGAUAUUUUUCCAAAUUUCUGCAUGCGAAGCUUUCUUUUCGGAGCCAAAGAAGUUGGAGAGUGGACAAAGAACUAUUAGCAUGUCACCUAAGGAGAUUACACCUGAAAACAGCUAUGAUGAUCUUAGUCUGUCAAAGUUUCAAUAUGAAACUUCUUCAGUUGGAUCUCAUGGUUAUAUGGAUGAUAUUCCCGGGGCCAAAGAUUCUUUUAGUCAUUUAUCUGAGAUAGAAAUGGGAGAUGUUCCUAUUAAAACUUCAAACUGCAUUGUCUUAUCCAAUGCAGAUAUGGUGGAACAUGUCCUCCUGGACUGGACCCUCUGGGUGACAGCCCCUGUUUCCAUUCAGAUCGCCUUACUUGGUUUUCUGGAGAACCUAGUCUCGAUGCUUUGGUACAGGAGUCACAAUCUUACAAUUCUGCGCCAAAUCAAUCUGGUGGAACGUUUGUUAGUAACACUUCAACGGGGGGAUGUGGAAGUUCUUGUCCUAGAAAAAUUAGUUGUUCUUCUUGGAUGCAUCUUAGAAGAUGGGUUCCAUAUUUCUGAGCUUGAAAAUGUGGUUAGGUUUGUGAUUAUGACAUUUAAUCCACCGGAAAUAAAGUCACGGAACUCAUCACUGCGAGAGUCAAUGGGAAAGCAUGUAGUUGUGAGGAAUUUGCUUUUGGAAAUGCUUAUUGAUCUCCAGGUAACCAUAAAAGCAGAAGAACUGCUGGAGCAGUGGCAUAAGAUAGUCUCGUCAAAAUUAAUGACGUACUUCCUUGAUGAAGCUGUGCAUCCUACUAGUAUGAGAUGGAUCAUGACUCUUCUUGGUGUUUGUCUUGCUUCUUCCCCAAACUUUUCUCUUAAAUUUUUCACAAGUGGAGGUUAUCAGGGGCUUACACGGGUACUUCAAAGCUUUUAUGAUUCCCCAGACAUAUAUUACAUUUUGUUCUGCUUGGUAUUUGGAAAAUCUGUUUAUCCAAGACUACCUGAAGUCCGGAUGUUAGACUUUCAUGCACUAGUGCCGAAUGAUGGAAACCGUGUGGAGUUGAAAUUUGUAGAGCUGUUGGAUUCAGUGGUUGCCAUGGCUAAAUCUACUUUUGACGGAUUGAUCAUGCAAUCAAUGCUUGCCCACCAGUCUGGGAACCUUUCACAGAUGAGCGCUAGCUUUGUAGCUGAGCUUGUUGAGGGAAAUGCAGAUAUGAUUGGAGAGCUUCAAGGGGAAGCUAUAAUGCAUAAAACAUACGCGGCACGGUUGAUGGGUGGCGACGCAUCAGCUCCUGCUGUUGCGACAUCUGUUAUCCGUUUCAUGGUUGAUCUUGCAAAGAUGUGCCCUCAAUUUUCAGCUGCUUGCAGAAGCGCAGACUUUCUUCAAAAUUGUGCUGAUCUUUACUUUUCCUGUGUCAGGGCUGCUCAUGCUGUGAAGAUGGCCAAACAGCUCUCAAUGAAAGCAGAAGAGCAGAAAAUAAGUGGCGGUGGUGAUAGCAGAGCACAAGGCGCUCUAUCUAGCUUUCCUCACGACCUGGACCAGUCCACGAAAACCUCCAUCAGUGCUGGAAGCUUCCCUCAAGAGCAGGUCAGUGUGAGCUAUGAAGACAUGCCUUUACCUUCAGAUUAUAUGGGUAUUAAUAAGGUGGAGAACAUUCUUACAACACCGUCAGAGGAUUCAAAAGUUCCAUUUCAAGGUCGUGAAUACGUUAAGAGACGAGAUGGCGAUCAUGUUAGCCCUGUAUCAGCUUCCAGUGAAAUGGAAUUUCAAGAUCUUAAAGGUAGUUCAAGUCAAGUUCAGCUAACAUAUUCUCAGAGUUCUGAAUCCUUGUCGAUGUUAGAGUCUCCCCCUUUAUCUGAAAAAUCAAGUCUCAAAGGUCCAUUCAGUUCAUCACCAUCUCCGGCUUCAAAUGAAUCCAAAAGUUCUACAAUUGCCACUCCUCUUCCGUCGCAUAUCUCAGUUAGUGAGUUUGAUGCAUCUUCAGAUCAAAAGACAGGUUCACAAGCUUUAUCUGCUGCCCAUACAUUAUUUACAAUCAGCCCAAAACUUCUCCUCGAAACUGAUGAGUCUGGGUAUGGUGGUGGACCGUGUUCUGCUGGAGCAAGUGCCGUGCUAGAUUUUAUAGCAGAGAUAUGUGCCGACUUAAUGACUGAGCAGAUCAAAGCAGUACAGACUUUGGAAAGCAUUUUAGAAAUGAUUCCUUUAUAUGUGGAUCCUGAAUGUGUUCUAGUAUUUCAAGGCUUAUGCCUUAGCAGAGUCAUGAACUAUCUUGAAAGGCGUCUCGUGCGUGAUGAUGAAGAGGAUGACAAAAAACUAGACAAAAGAAAAUGGUCUACAAACUUGGAUGCAUUUUGUUGGAUGAUUGUGGAUCGUGUCUACAUGAGCGCUUUUCCUCAACCAACUGGAGUCCUUAGAACCCUUGAGUUCUUGCUCUCGAUUCUGCAAUUGGCUAACAAAGAUGGUAGGGUUGAAGAAGUCACUUCUUCAGGGAAGGGUCUGUUAUCCAUUGGAAGAGCAACCAGGCAACUAGAUGCGUAUGUGCACUCAAUCCUGAAGAAUACAAAUAGAGCAAUACUAUAUUGUUUCCUACCAUCGUUCUUGAUAACUAUUGGAGAAGAGGACCUACUGUCACGUCUGGGCUUGCUUGUUGAAUCUAACAAGAGGCAAUCUUCAAAUUUAAGCAUCGAGGAAUCUGGAAUUGAUAUCUCAACAGUUCUUCAAUUGUUGGUUGCAAACAAGAGUAUCAUAUUUUGCCCGAGCAAUCUUGAUACUGAUUUGAAUUGCUGUCUGUGUAUGAAUUUAAUCUCUCUACUCCAUGAUCAGAGAAAGAAUGAGCAAAACAUGGCAUCCAAUAUUGUCAAACAUUUGCUGGUCCACCGAAAAUCUGCUUUUGAGGAUUUGCUUGUCAAAAAACCUCACCGAGGACAAAACUUGGACGUUCUACACGGGGGAUUUGAUAGAUUGCUAAGUGGAAAUCUUCCAGAAUUCUCUAAGUGGCUUGAGAGCUCGGAGCAAACUGUAAAUAAAGUACUGGAGCAGGGAGCUGCAGUUAUGUGGAAACAGUACAUAGCUGGCUCGGUAAAGUUUCCUGAUGUUAGGAUGAAAGGCAUGGAUGGUCGCCGUACGAGAGAGAUGGGUAGAAAAUCACGAGAUGUGUCUAAGUUAGACAUGAAACGCUGGGAGCAGGUAAACGAGCGAAGGUAUGCACUUGAAAUAGUGCGUGAUUCAAUGUCUACUGAGCUUAGAAUUGUCCGUCAAAACAAAUAUGGUUCGAUACUUCAUGCUGAGAGCGAGUGGCAAACUCAUCUUCAACAGCUUGUUCAUGAACGUGGUAUAUUCCCACUGCGUAUCUCCCAAGGAUGUGAUGAUCUUGAAUGGCAACUCUGUCCUAUCGAAGGUCCUUACAGAAUGCGGAAAAAGCUUGAAAGAUGUAAACUGAAAAUCGAUAGCAUCCAUAAUUUACUAGAAGGGAAGUUGGAACUUGGAGAAAUUGAGCUACCCAAAUCGAAAAAGGAAGAUGACUUGGUUAUUUCUGAUACGGAUUGUGAGCCAGCUUUCCUGCUAAGUGAACUUUACAGCGAGUCCUUUUUCGAAGAAGCUGAUGAUCUCAAAAAUGUUCCUUCUUCUAGAAAUGGAUGGAAUAAUGAUAGAGAUAGUAGUUCAAGUGAGGCCAGUCUUCAUAAUGCUCUUGAUUUUGGUGGCAACUCUAGUGGUGCAACAUCUGUUCUAAUCAGCGACAACACAGAUGAAAAAUCUGAGACUGUAUCUCCAAGACUGUCAUCUUCUGGUAAAAUGGAUGAAACUAGAAGCGUGGAGGAAGAAGAAUCAGAGAAGGAACUGACUGAUGAUGGUGAGUAUUUGAUCAGACCGUAUCUGGAACAUCUUGAAAAGAUUAGGUUCCGAUAUAAUUGUGAGAGAGUUGUUGGUUUAGACAAACAUGAUGGGAUCUUCUUAAUAGGGGAACUCUGCCUAUAUGUGAUAGAGAACUUUUACAUUAACGAUGAUGGGUGUAUCUGUGAGAAGGAAUGUGAAGACGAGUUAUCCAUUAUCGAUCAGGCUUUGGGUGUGAAAAAACAGUUGACCGGAAGCUUGGAUGUCCAGUCCAAGUCUAGCCCAUUAUGGAGUACAACAAUGAAAACCGGAGCUGUAGGGGGAAGAGCAUGGGCAUAUGGUGGUGGGGCUUGGGGAAAGGAAAAAGUGCGUGUGACUGGUAACUUGCCACAUCCUUGGCGUAGGUGGAAGUUAGAUAAUGUUCAUGAGAUUUUGAAACGUGAUUACGAGCUGCGUCCAGUUGCUGUUGAGAUAUUUAGUAUGGAUGGAUGUAAUGAUCUCCUUGUGUUCCACAAGAAAGAGAGGGAAGAAGUCUUUAGAAAUCUGCUUGCCAUGAAUCUUCCAAGGAACCGCAUGCUCGAUACGACCAUUUCAGGAUCAGCGAAACAGGAAAGUAAAGAGGGUAGUCGUCUUUUCAAGUUAAUGGCAAAGUCUUUCACGAAAAGAUGGCAAAAUGGAGAGAUCAGCAAUUUCCAAUACCUAAUGCAUCUCAACACUCUAGCAGGACGUGGAUACAGUGAUCUCACACAGUAUCCGGUGUUUCCAUGGAUUCUAUCAGAUUAUGAUAGCGAGAGUCUUGAUUUGUCAGAUCCAAAGAGUUUUCGCAAUCUUGACAAACCAAUGGGUUGCCAGACGCCUGAAGGAGAAGAAGAAUUUAAGAAACGAUAUGAGGGCUGGGAUGAUCCAGAGGUGCCAAAAUUUCAUUAUGGUUCUCACUAUUCAAGUGCUGGCAUUGUUCUGUUUUACCUUAUUCGCCUCCCACCGUUCAGUGCUGAAAACCAGAAGCUUCAGGGUGGUCAAUUUGAUCAUGCUGAUCGACUUUUCAAUAGUAUUAGAGAAACUUGGCUAAGUGCAUCUGGAAAAGGAAACACAUCAGACGUGAAAGAACUGAUUCCUGAAUUCUUCUACAUGCCCGAAUUCUUAGAAAAUAGAUUUAACCUUGAUUUGGGUGAAAAACAGUCCGGAGCAAAGGUGGGUGAUGUAUUUUUACCUCCUUGGGCUAGAGGCAGUGUUCGUGAAUUCAUCCGCAAGCACAGAGAAGCUUUGGAGUCUGAUUACGUUUCAGAGAAUCUGCAUCAUUGGAUAGACCUCAUCUUCGGGUACAAACAGAGAGGAAAGGCUGCAGAAAAAUCUGUAAAUGUCUUCUAUCAUUAUACCUAUGAGGGGAAUGUGGACGUUGAUGCAGUUACUGAUCCUACGUUGAAGGCAUCAAUAUUAGCGCAGAUUAAUCAUUUUGGACAAACGCCGAAGCAACUAUUUCAGAAACCUCAUCUUAAAAGAAGGACAGACAGAAAAUUCCCUCUCCACCCUCUGAAACACUCGACGCAUCUUGUUCCACGCGAGAUACGUAAAUGCUCAUCAUCUAUAAACCAGAUCAUCACUUUCCAUGACAAGUUGCUUGUUGCCGCCUCAAACUGUGUCUUGAAACCGAGAGGCUAUAGGAAAUACAUAAGAUGGGGUUUCCCGGACAGGAGCUUGAGAUUUAUGAGCUAUGACCAGGACAAGCUCUUAUCUACUCAUGAAAAUCUCCAUGAAGGUAACCAGAUUCACUGUGCUGGUGUUAGUCACGAUGGGCGCAUUGUGGUCACUGGAGCAGACGAUGGUUUAGUCUCUGUGUGGAGAGUCAACAAGGAUGGCCCGCGUGGUUCACGGUGUUUGCGGUUAGAGAAAGCCCUUUGUGCGCACACAGCCAAAGUCACUUGUCUACGAGUAAGCCAACCUUACAUGAUGAUUGCAAGCGGCUCAGAUGACUGUACAGUUAUCAUAUGGGAUCUCAGUUCUUUAAGUUUUGUGAGGCAGCUUCCUGAUUUUCCAGUUCCUGUUUCCACAAUCUAUAUAAAUGACCUCUCAGGAGAAAUCAUAACCGCUGCUGGAACUUUACUCGCGGUUUGGAGCAUCAAUGGGGAUUGUCUUGCUGUGGUUAACACAUCAGAGUUGCCAUCUGACUUGAUAGUAUCAGUUACAAGCUCGACGUUUUCUGACUGGCUGGAAACAACCUGGUACGUGACUGGUCAUCAAAGCGGGGCGCUUAAAGUGUGGCAGAUGGUACAUUGCACUGAUCCAGUUGGUGCUGAGUGCAAAACAGCUAGUAACGUAACUGGAGGGCUAAAUUUGAGGGAUCAUGUGCCUGAAUACAAGUUGCUUCUACACAAGGAGUUUACAUUCCAUAAGCAACCUGUCACAGCUCUUCAUCUAACGACCGACCUGAAGCAACUACUGAGUGGUGAUUCUGCUGGACAUUUGAUUUCGUGGACAGUUCCAGACCAGAUAUUAAAAGCGUUACACUCAAAGAAGGCCUCUUAG